AUGAGCGUCUUUUCUCAACUCCGCAACCGAGUUCUCGAAUGGAGACACGGCAUUCCUCUACCAACCUUAGAGACCAACACAUCGCCAAUCUUCCAAUCAUGGCAUCAAUUCGACACCUCUUCCAACAAAUGGCUUCCUCUUGACAGUCCGCACAAACCCUCCGAAGAAAGCAGUACCGCAGAUACCACCCCAGCUCAAGACUCAAAGCUAGUCCUCGCGACAUGGAACGUCGACGCCGGCGCACCCGACUCAGCAACGCGUAUCUCAUCAAUCAUAUCGCAUCUCCAGGCCUCAGCUCCCCUCGUCAACGUGAUCUUCCUCCAGGAAGUCUCACGAACAGCUCUGUCCACAUUACUAGCCACACCCUGGCUCCGCGAGCACUGGUACUCCAGCGAAGCAGACACGACCAACUGGGGCGCCGGACCCUUCGCAACCAUGACGCUUGUCUCAAAAUCAAAGCUCAGAGAUAGCGCACUCGGUCCAGUCUGGCGCCUCAAAUACCCCAGUCGAUUCCAGAGAGACGCCCUCUGCUGCGACAUUUUCCUCCCCUCUGGCUCUGCACCUCUCUCCCGCGUGCGGCUCAUCAACGUGCAUCUGGACUCUCUCCCUAUUCAGCCAUCGAAACGACCAAUCCAGCUCUCAAUCAUAGCAUCAUACCUUCGCGCGGCCGGACGCGGUGUCGUAGCGGGUGACUUUAACCCUGUCCUUCCUGAAGAUGACGCGCUGAUCGGCACCAACGAGCUUAAAGACGUAUGGGCUGAUCUCCGUCCGGAGGAAGAUGGGUUUACGAAACUGAAAGGAUCGUCUGUAUGA